AGGUGCUGGUGCAAAAACAGUUUAGCAAUGGAUCAAAGAAAAAAUGAUAGUUUUGUCCCAAGUAUCACGCAGUUGGAAGAUUUCCUAACAGAACAUGACUCCAAUGUUGUUUGGCUGUUAGUAGCGACAAUAUUGUCUUGUGGAUGGAUUAUCUACUUAACUUACUAUAAUUCCCGGAACAUUGGACUCAUUUUAACAUUGGUUCUUAACAGAUUGUAUAAACAUGGCUACAUCCAUAUUGGUUCCUUUUCAUUCUCUGUGCUGUCUGGAAAAGUCAUGGUUCGUGAAAUCUAUUUCAUUACAGAAGACAUGUCUAUCAGAAUUCAAGAUGGAUUUAUCAUAUUUCGCUGGUGGAAGAUGUACAACCCUAAGCAGAAACAGCAUGAUCCAAAGGCAGAAACACGACUAUAUAUUAUGGUGAAUGACUUUGAAUUUCAUGUGUACAACCGUUCUGAGCUUUAUGGACAACUUCAAGAACUAUUUGGCUUGGAUCCCACAAUCAUUCCAGCAAAGAAAGAUGAUGAAAAAGCACAAGUAAAUGGGAGACAGAGAACACAUACAAAUCUUGAAAGUGUUAAAGUAAAAACAGAGUCUCAAGAUCCUUCUUCUUCGUGGAGAUCACUUAUUCCAGUCAUUAAAGUCAACGUGAGCACGGGUCGCUUGGCAUUUGGGAAUCAUUAUCAGCCACAAACACUUUGUAUUAACUUUGAUGAUGCUUUUUUGACGUAUACCACAAAACCACCUUCGAGCCACCUUGAUCAGUUUAUGCACAUCGUGAAAGGAAAAUUGGAAAAUGUUAGAGUCAUGCUGGUUCCAAGUCCAAGAUAUGUUGGUCUUCAAAAUGAUGAGCCACCGAGGCUGAUGGGUGAAGGUUUUGUUGUAAUGCAGUCCAAUGAUGUUGACAUCUAUUACUAUAUGGAUGAACCAGGUCUUGUACCAGAGGAGACGGAGGAAAGUAAUGACGGAGAAGCAAACAACGAAGACAGCAAAUUACAGGAUCUGCCACCAUGUUGGGGUUUGGACAUUGUUUGUGGAAAAGGAACAGACUUCAACUAUGGACCUUGGGCUGAUAGGCAGAGGGAUUGCUUGUGGAAGUUUUUCUUUCCACCAGACUACCAAGUUAUGAAAGUCUCAGAAAUUGCUCAGCCGGGGAAACCAAGACAGAUCCUUGCUUUUGAACUGCGGAUGAAUAUUAUUGCAGAUGCCACCAUUGAUUUGCUUUUUACCAAAAAUAGGGAAACUAAUGCUGUACAUGUAAAUGUUGGUGCAGGAUCAUAUUUGGAAAUAAAUAUUCCCAUGACAGUAGGUGAAAAUGGCUAUUCACCUACAAUUAAAGGGCAGCUUCUACAUGUUGAUGCCACCAGCAGUAUGCAGUAUCGGACUCUCUUAGAAGCUGAAAUGCUAGCUUUUCACAUCAAUGCCAGCUAUCCCCGGAUAUGGAAUAUGCCACAGACAUGGCAAUGCGAACUUGAGGUUUAUAAAGCAACCUAUCAUUUUAUCUUUGCUCAGAAAAACUUCUUUACAGAUUUGAUCCAAGAUUGGUCUAGUGAUAGCGCACCCGAUAUUUUUUCAUUUGUUCCUUAUAUGUGGAACUUCAAAGUCAUGUUUCAUCAAUUUGAAAUGAUUUGGGCAGCAAAUCAACACAACUGGAUUGACUGUUCCACCAAACAACAAGAAAAUGUUUAUCUAGCAGCUUGUGGAGAAACAUUGAACAUUGUUUUUUCUCUGCCUUUCACUGACUUUGUUCCAACCACAUGCAAUACUAGAUUCUCUUUAAGG